UCUUCAGGGGCAGAGAGCCGCUGCAUGGUCUACACGUUUUACCUUGAGCAUGUGAUCGCGGUCGGCCUUCUCAUGUCUGCCUGUCUGUAUCUCUCCUCUCUCUUUCUCUCUCUCUACAGUAUGUGACCUGACGUCACUUGGGUUUAAUAGCGCUCCACCGCUUGCAAACGUCAGUCUUUGCCGUUCUGGCUCUCGCGCUCUUGUCCCUCUCCCCCGCGCCAGUCAAUGCUUCAGGUCGCACCUGCCCUUGGUGUCUCGCCUAUGCGAGGGAAACGGAACAAAGCCGAGGGCUUUACCUGAGCUAUUUCGAGGAAAGGGACAGUUGUGAUUUUCUACAAAUACGUUUUUCCCGAAAGCUCUGUGUAAAACGGAGAGGAGGGAAAAGGAGACACAUGCGCAGACAUGAACGAGACUUUCCUCGGUAACGACACUGUGGCGACGGCCACGUUGGCUGGAAAGGCUUUCCCGUGUAUGGAGGCCAACUAUCCAGAGAGAAACGGCAGCCUGGAACUCUCCGCCGCCCCGCAGGACUUCCCCAUCAACCCGUGGGACAUCAUGCUUUGCAUGUCGGGAACCGUCAUCGCCUGUGAGAACAGCAUCGUGGUGGCUAUCAUCUUCUAUACGCCCACCCUGCGCACCCCCAUGUUCGUGCUCAUAGGGAGCCUGGCCACUGCGGAUUUACUGGCAGGCAUGGGAUUAAUCCUCAACUUCGUGUUCCAGUACGUCAUCUCCUCAGAGACUAUCAGUCUUAUUACUGUUGGGUUCCUAGUGGCCUCCUUCACGGCGUCCAUCAGUAGCCUGCUGGCUAUAACGGUGGACCGGUACUUCUCACUCUACAACGCACUGACUUACUUCUCUGAGAAGACGCUCCACUAUGUGCACCUGAUGCUGGUGAGCACGUGGGGCGUGUCUAUGUGCCUGGGCCUGCUACCCGUGCUGGGCUGGAACUGUCUGGACGACCCGAACUCGUGCAGCAUCGUGCGCCCGCUGACUCGCAGCAACGUGACAUUGUUGGCGGUCUCCUUCUUCGUCAUCUUCAUACUCAUGCUGACUCUCUACUUCAAGAUCUGCAAGAUCGUAUGCCACCACGCGCACCAGAUCGCUCUCCAGAAGCACUUCUUCACUGCCUCGCACUACGUGGCCACCAAGAAGGGCGUGUCCACGCUGGCCAUCAUCCUGGGCACCUUCGGCGCGAGCUGGCUGCCCUUCGCUAUUUACUGCCUGGUGGGAGAGCGCGAGUACCCGUUGGUCUACACGUACGCAACGCUGCUUCCGGCCACCUACAACUCCAUGAUCAACCCAAUCAUCUACGCCUACCGUAAUGCCGAGAUCCAGCGCUCGCUCUACGUUCUCUUCUGCGGCUGCUUUCAGACCAACGUAGCCUACCACUCCAGGUCACCCAGUGAAGUUUAGAGGGCUGCUGAGUGAACUCUGAUGACAGUGUGUUUGUGUGUUGGCCACCGACAAUUCGCUUUCAUUUGACUGUAAAUGCUUUAAACAAGUGGAUUCGGCGCUCAAAUGUAUAUCUAACAUAAGCAUCUGCACUUUAUUUCAACUGAAGACCAGGACACAGUCCGUCUGAAAUGCUGUGAACAAGAACUUUUGUGACGAAAAGAAAAACGUCAUCAUGAAUGUAUUUAUAUUAAAAAAAAUAUGAAAAAAACUAGCACUUUAUUAUGUAUUUGAAAUGCCAAAGCAGUAUUGCAUUGGCCUAUAUAUAUAUAUGUUAGAGUUGUACUUUGUAUUUGUCAGUAAUGUGGGUCAUUUUCUAUUUUGUAAAGGUGUCUAUAUUGUACAUUUUAUACGAGAUGAGUUUAUGAAUAA